GGAUCGUAGCGUCGACAAGUGGCUUUUACAAUAAAGACGUUUAUGUUCUUGAUACUCAAAAAUAUGUCUGGAUUGCCAUAAAUAAUACAGCAACUACUACCCAAGGUUCUUCAAAAAGUCAAAAAACUCAAACAAAUAAAGCAGUAAAUCCUUCAAACUCUUCAUCUAAUAAUGGACUAUUUAUUGGAGUUGUUGUUGUAAGUGGGAUUGUAUUAAUUGGAAUGGCAUCUUUUGCUGGACUUUUAUUACUCAAAAGACGGCGUAAGAAUUACAAUAAAUAG